AUGCCCGGAUCGCUCCCACAAAUGAGCCUGCGCAUCCGCGAGCCAUUCAAGAACGACAUCGACAGCAAUAUCGGGUAUGACGCCAGUGCAUCCCGAAUGAUGCUUCCGCACCACGCCACCUGUGCAGCCAUCGCCGAGACAGCAACAAUCUGGACGAGCGCAGUGACAAUAUCGGAGAGGAAAGACAAGAACUGGGUCAGGGGCUCAGAUCAAAUAGUCCGUUCUACACACGACGUAGCGGCUCUCCAGACGCGGUGCCAAGUAAGCUUCUUCGAUCCGAAUAGGACAACAAGCAACGCCGUUGUCUUCCCUAACGUCCUGCAUGAGGACACCAUCGACCAAAAUUACACGAUCGAACACCCGAGUAUACAACGUUUCGUCCAGAACUUGGACAGGUCCGUCCCUGAGUUGCUCUUCUUAGAUGCUGAUUCAACGGGUGAACUGGCCAAAAACGUUUCUGUCGGGGCUGUUAUCGCCAUUCCAUUCGAAGAAGGAAAGCUGGCGCUGUACGGCUGUUUGACCAACGCUCUGUGGACCUCCAAUGAAAUCAGGGUGACUGGCGACCACCACAUUGGCUUCAAGGAUCAAGCCCCAUCACCGCACAAAUGGCUGGCGGGGUGA